AUGUCAAGAUCUCCCCACUCCAUCUUCAACCUCCCGCAAGAUGUCAUCUUUGACAUCCUCUCUCGUCUUCCCACCAAAUCCCUAAUUCAGUUCACUUCUGUAUGUACUUUAUCUCCACCGUUAAUCUCCCACCCUUCUUUCACCAAACUCCACCUCUCUUCCUCCGCCGCCGCAGCCGACGACCACCACCUACUCGUCUACUAUGAAUCCACCGAUUACAUCAACCAAUUCUACUCCUUCAGAUCCCCAAUCACCUUCCAAGAAUCGCUUAAACUUCAGAUCCCCUACAAAAACCUUCAUGGGUACCUCCGAAUUGUGGGAUCAAACAAGGGUGUAAUCUGUUUCUUCGAUACAAAUUAUUACUCAAACGUCGGUAUGGUAAUUCUCUGGAACCCUAGUAUUAAAAAGUUGAAGAAAAUCGACGACCCUAGUUAUAUUCUCGAUAGAGUUUCUCAUUUUGUUGUUGGGUUUGGUUUUGUUUCAAGGACCUGUGAGUUUAAGAUCGUUGUGAUUGUUUAUUAUCUGGACAAUUCCAACACUAACAGUGUAUCAGUUUAUUCUCUUGGUACCGAUUCAUGGAAAAAAAAGGAAGACAAUAUCGCUCCAUGUUAUUUGAUGAGGGGUUGGUCUAAUAAUGUGUUUGUGAAGGGUUUUGUAAAUUGGUUAGCCUGUAAGCAAGAAAUUAGGGGUGUAUCUCAUGAAAUCAUGGCGUUUGAUUUAGAGGAUGAGAUUUUUCAUGUUCUUGAAUUACCAAAGAACAUUAGGCCUUCUUAUAAUCAAGUACACCUGGCUUCAUAUGGCGAGUCAUCUUCUUUAACCUUGUGUGCUCAUUAUCUUGAGCUCAAUGGCGAAAAAUGGGAUAUGUGGGUGUUGAGUGAUUAUGGAGUGGCGGAUUCUUGGAGGAAAGUCUGUGUGAUUUCACAGCCUAUGUUAUCAAUUCCACCAUUGUUGAUGAAGAAUGAUAAUGAGGUUUUGAUUGUGACAAAUGAUGGGAGGCUUAUGUUGUUUGAUGUGAACAAGAAUGAGAUGUUUGAUCUCAAGACAUGUGGUUUGCCUCGUAUGUAUCGUGCUAUCAAUUAUACUGCUAGCUUAGCUCUUCUUCAUGGUUGA